ACAUUUGUUGUACUGACAUUUGUACCAUUUGAUUUUGUACUGGUCCUGACUCAUUUGGGGGAUUUUGACUACUGUCCUGACAAAAAUUGGGGGGAUUUUGUAACUAUCCUGACAUUUUUGGGGAUUUUAGUACAUCCAACAUUUUGGGGGAUUUGUACAUGUCCUGACAUAUGGGGGAUUUGUACAGUCCUGAAAUUUGGGGGGAUUUGUACCGUCCUGACAUUUGGGGGAUAUCUGUACUGUCCUGACAUUUGGGGG